GCGACCUCCGGAUUUGCUUCUCACGUCAAGCGGCUAUACAGUGAUCUAGCCGUUGCGGAAAAGAGUUUUUUCAGAUCCUCUGCAGCCUGUUCAGUGUACUAAACAAGGGAGUUCCCUUCGGAAGUGUAGCUCGUUUCUUGAAUUGGAGACGCAGCAGGACUUGCACGGAGCUCUCUGGGUUUCUCGGGUCUAGUCUCGUUUUUUUCUUCGCUAAAAACAAAGCCGUUGCUUGCGAGUUUUGCAAGAUUUUCCAGGAGGCUUCGAGAACCAGGGAAACUCGGGAUCUUUGUCGCUGCGCUUGGAUCCGGUGUGCCUUGUUCGCCAACUCCGUCCGUCGUGGCGCUACCGUGUACACAUGCAAGAAGUCGAAAGUCUCUCUUUCACUUCCGGCUUCUUGCUUCCUGAGACACCGCUUUUCUGCUGUUCGUUUUCUCCCGUGAACUUCGCACCUGCUGGCGUGUCUCUGCCGCUUCUUUUUCGAGUACCAUGGGCAUCUCGCUCUUCUCGGGACGUGGCUGGCCGUGGCGCGCCUCCGCGCAGUGGCUUUUCUCGUGAGUGUCAGGCCGAAAAAAAACGUCCUCCCCGUCCAAUUUGGAGUUUUUCUCACCUGCACAAAAUGCCGCUGCGCCAUAGAGAGGAACCGCUCGCGGGAAAGUUAUUCGAACCCACAUGUCCCUCACCUGUCGAUCCACCUCCGACUACGUCGGUGCUCCAGACCCUGAAACUCGUAGAAGGUCCUCGUCCUGCUGGACUCGUCCUUUUCAUGUCUAAGUCUUCAAGUUCCACUUGUUCGUUUCUCGCAGAAUGAUCAGUCCGCCUCUCCACCAGGAACAGCCGCUAGGCUUUGGCCCGCUUGCGCGCGCGACAGACGCUGUGAGUCCUCGCGCGGGCAUGUCGACUAACGCUCCGUCUCUCUCCACUUCAUCUCUCCCUGCUGUGUCUUCUGACUUCUUCGCGUUCCCUCCCUUGCCCUGCGCCCUCUCCAUGACACGUUCUUCCGUCUCCACUCCUUGCCUCAUCACAGCCUCGCCCUCUCGAUCUUCGGCGCCCCGGUCCUCCUCAGCCAUUCCAGCGAUGGGCCCCGCAGGAGACUUUGUCAGGAUGCAGAAAACCCAGAAGGACCUCGAGUAUUCUGGGAGUCGAAAGCCUCGCAGCUCUCUCGAGUCUCGGAGCACCCUCACUUUGCUGCUGCAACCUAGGGACUCCAUGGACGGGCGUCAGUUAUCUCGUUCAGAUGAUGAGAAACGAGCUUUUCCGGAGGCGAAUUGUCCUCCACCUCUCCUUUCUGUGGCGGUUUCUGAGCGUCUGAGUGGUGUCCGUCGUGGCGACAUGUCGCCCGUAGAUACCGAAAGAGAUCUCGGCCUGUCCCCCGAGAUUUGUGAAGCCCCCCUCUUCGGUGCUCUGAGUCACCCUCACUCGAAUCCGACUCACUUCUCCAGCGUGCAUUCGUCGGCAGUUGGAGCCGGUGCUCCGCAGCAGCAGCCGCUGCACCCAGAAAUGUCUCCGUGCAUGCCAUCCAGGACUUCACAGACGCCCUUGCACCCUUCAGGGUCGAGAGACGCGCUGGGGGUCAACGAUGUAGCCUCGAGGCCUUCAAAGGCGGGUCUGGUCUGGAGCUCUACCGAGGGCCGUUCCAGCCGUGUCUCCAGUGGUGCUGUCUUGUCCUGCACUGCUGUCCCUCCAGGCUCACUCAAAUCGGAGUCUUGGCUGAGAACUUUAUCUCCGGGGGGUUUGGACGAACAGGCAAGUCUCGAGACGUCUGCGUCUUCAGCAAGGGUCGAGAAAGAGUUUCGGGGACUCUGGGACGUCCCAGAAGCGGGCCAGGUGACCCCAGGGGCCACAGGGAUGAGUCCCUCGCGGGCCUCUCCAGGCAAAGCAGAGAACUCUCCAGGGGGUCGGCGCGCUACGCCUGGGCCGACGUUUGAGGCGGAACAGGAGUCGCCCUGGGCGCACCUUGUCCGCGACUCGAACCAGCCGUUUGCCCCUGUGAUCGGCCACUAUGUCGAGGGUUUCACCAGUAGCAGCUCUGGGAGCAGCACGUCGAUCUCGCCCUCGCCUUCGCGGAGCCCGGUGCGCCGCAGAGUCGGCCGCAGGGCCCCAGGAGACCCCGUCGUCGGCGACGAUCCCGAGGUCUCCUGGUACCCGGCGCGGGCCAGGAAGCCCCGGAGGCCCAGCUCGGGGACUGAGAGCAGCUCGACGGGUGAGGAGCUGGCGCCUGAAAGCGGACCGUUCGGAGUCGACGCCGGGAACCAGUUCGUGCAGCUUUCGCGGGCGUUGUUGGGCGGAGACGGCAGAUCCACUUCAGAAAGUUCAGACGCCGACAGCGAAGUCGAGUCUCAGAGGCUGGAGCAGCAGCAGCUGCUCCAAGAGCUGCGUCUCAGGACCCUCGGCGUCGGCGCCGAACGGAGAACCCGAGGGCGGGCGUCGGCCAAUAGACGGGCAACGGGGACGGCUGGGACCGACGACGAAGCUUCUGCGACAGGCCCAAUUUGGAGAUCUGCCAGGAUGGCUGAAACGAAUUUGGGAGACAAGGAGUGGGGGAGCCGAGGCGACGGCAGAGACGCGAGUUCGCUAGAACGGGAAGGAAGGAGAACAGGGUCCUUAGCUGUCUCCGAUGCUUCCUCGAUGUCUCCUCGAAGCGCAGGCGCCUGCAGACGCCUCAGAGAUGCGUCAGGUGCCGAGUACGAGGGGCCAGCGGCGGCGUCGCGCAUUCGCCGCGGUCGGAGCAUGCACCGCAAAUCGCGAGGCAGGCAGGCGAAGGAGGGGGCUCCCGUGGGGCCGCAGAGUUCUCUUGGACUCCAGUUCUUCACAGAGGGCUCGCUGUUCCACGCGCUGCUCUUUGGAGACCCGAUGUUCAAUGCCGAGGGCCUCCGAACCGAUGACAGCGAUGUCUCCUCAGGCCCGGAGCCCAGUCCGUCCCCGGUGGUGGUCCCUGUGGAGAGACCCAGGGCAAACAAGCAGGCGCCACAGAGGACUCGCACCCUAUGCAAUGGGGCGCCUCCCGAUCUGUUGGAGGGCGUGAACAGACGUCGCCAAGACAGCUCGCGGGGCGAGGCCUGUGCCGACGAAGGAGAGACAGGUGUAUCCGAGGGAGUGGAAGGCGGUCCCUGGGCUCCGCCUCGCCGUUCUGCACAUGCCCACCGAGUCUGGAAUGGAAUCACUUCCACUUCUCCGGUGACUGUGGGGUCGGGGACAGAGACCCCGGAUGCCCCCGAUCCUCGCCCUUCUCGGCGGGGCGGUGGCGCCCCGGCGCCCCGAGGGCAGAGACAGCUCGUUCGAGUUCCAGGACGAGUUCUGGGGCCCGGCCUCAGGGCGUCGAGGUCCGUUACGGAGACAGAAGACGACGACCCAGAUGGGGUGCAUGCGGCAGGACGAAAAGGGAAGCGCGAGGGGUUAAAUGUCUUUGCGUUAGGUAGCAGCCCAUCUUCUGGAGGUGAGAAUUCCAGAGGGGACAACAUGAAGUUCAUGACAUUUUUCAGUCAGUUCACGGGCCAGGGGAAUGUCUCUGCGGAUGACCAAAGUCCGAAGUCCGAGUGGAGCAGCAGCCGAGAGAGCAGCGUGAGCGCCAGAGCGCGUGGCGGCAGCGAGGACAGCUUCAAGCUGUCUCCGAAGGCCCUCAUCGUCUCCGAAGAGCUCGACGGAGAACUGUCAAGGGGUGUCGGAGUCAACAGGUCCCAGACACACCUGUGGGGUCAGGGGCCUCGGCAUGCGGGCAAAUCCGGAUCUGCGAGUGUCGCGGAGUCCACCAGGACAGCCGAAGCGGCGUGGAUUGGACGCGGGUAUUCGGCGCAUUGCAAGCAGGCGUCCACUUGUGCGACAAAAGGGAGACAAGACUUGCUCGACGGAGCGGUCGUGUCUCUCAGUCCGCGGGCACGCGGGGCUUGCCUUGAGCCGGGGCUUCUCGCAUAUCCAAGGAAAGAGGAAAGUAGUGCCUUGCCAAGCCAGAGACCGUCACUGGCGGGGACGACGGCGUCAGGUGUCUCCUCGAAGCGGCGCCUUUCCGACGGACUCGACUGGGAACUUACCAACCUGUCUCGUCGCUCGUCGCAGACCUUUGAACACUCCACAGGUGGGACAACUCCGAUUCAGAAUCUGCAGAGGCCUCAAGCAGGGAAGCACGGCUGUCUCCCCUCGGGAAACGACUGCGGCGCCGCACUCCCCGUGGGCGCAUGCGACGCGACUCAUGCGGAUGGGGUUCGAUGUGUCUCGGAUGCAAAGGCGACGGCAGACCCGCGGGGCGGGGCGCGAACUGCAGAGGGGAAGGAAGUUAAUGGAGUGGGAGGCGUUGGUUUGUCCCGACUCAGGGAAGCAGCGCAGCACCCGCUGGGUGUUCGAGAAGAGCGACGAGACACGUUCCCUAGGUUUGCAGCGACAAAUGCGGAGUCUACGAAAAGCCGAACGGGAGAAGUUUGCGAGGAGGGGCGACACACGCGGCCAGAGACGGGAAGCCCCUCUCAUGGCUCAUUGAUAGGUUCCUGGGGUGGAGGAGGCACACGAAGGUCGCCAGGAACGUCUUCUGAAAACGCGGGUCAAACAGAAACUUCCGUUUCGGUGGUGCCUUUCUCGGAUUUUCCCUCUGAGGCAAGUGGUACCUCUCAGGUUGGAUCGCGACACCUUGUUGGCAACAGUCGAGGUCACGACGAGGUGCAGCAGAGGACUCUGAGAAAAGCGAAUGAUGUGACUUUAGGACAGGAGCUCUGCGAUCCUGGAGACUUCCAAGGGAAGCCAAAAGAAAGGAGUGUCCGUGAAGAGCGUGGCGGACUCGUGGACAGGGCGGAGUCUUCAGGAUCGUUCAUCUCGCCUCUGUCUAGUCUCUACAGCGCGUGGGGAUUCUCUUGAAGAAGCGGUUGCCGAGUCGGCAUAGAAACGCGGUUUACGUGAUAGGCCAUCAUGGGCUAGUGAGACCACUGAAUAUGUGUCAGCAGGACGGGUACGGGUUUUUUCGAGGCGCAGAAAGGCCGGUUCGUUUUCCAGAAAUUUCGAUGGCUGGCCUGCGGUUCCCCGGUGUACGUCCAGGGUGUUGCGUGGAACUGAUUUUGCAGCGAAACCUUCGAUCUGGCGGGGGAACUCGCCACGUUUUUCUGCAUGUAGGCCGAUCCAUGUCAGGGAGGAGCCCAAACUCGGCUUUCAAAGUGGCGUUUUGUCGACUUUUUUCGUCGAUUUUCACGAGAGAUGUGAUGGUAGCAGGCACAAACACAGGUUGUCAGAAGCGAAGGCCGUUUCUAAUCGAGAGGCAACAGGUUGAGUUUUGGAAAGAAGUCGUUCCGGGAACACGAUAAGUGAGUAUCGUUUCGGAAGCAAUCUCGAAUACAGGCGUGGUUUUCGUUCACGCGGCAGAAACAAAAGUGUCAGUUUUGCGUGCUGUGUCAUCACAGAGGUACUGUAGUUAUGUGGAGCGCUUGCGCGCAGCCGUUGCUGCGACAGUGUCUCGUUUGUGGGUGCACCGUUUUUUUUGUUUCCAAAUAAGCAUUUUUGAGGUUGCGUGUGCCCAGGAAGUUGCGCUAGCUUGCAACGAGGUGUGACAGCAAACAAGAAGUUUUUCUGGUGGUGGAAUAGCCACUUGAGUCUCUCUGAGGGUACAAUUGUGAGCGACGAAACGCAACUGUAGGCGCUGCGCCCUGUGCACGUCGACUCAGCAGCCUGAAAAGAGAGAGGCUGGAGCAGCGGGACAGCAGGUCGAAUGCCCUAUUUCAUGGCAACCUUGCAUACGUGUAUCAAAGUCUUUCCUUUUAGAGGCCAGGCAAACGGUUCCACCGCAGGAAAACUGUUCAUUAUUGGAGCAGGUGUGCGUCGUUGGUGGCUGAAACCGAGCUUUGGAGCUUCUUUGUGAAGUAAUUCUUGCGUUGAUUGAAAAUAGAGUUCAAGAGACGUGUGUGAACAGGAUCUCAUGGCAGUGACGCAGACACCACUGACGUAUGGGCAGGGAGGCGUUCUGCAGGAAUUCGACGCGAGCGAAAAGUAGGCAUGCCGUGAAUUCUGUCUCGCGUGAUGAACCGCGCUGAGAUGGCGGUUGCUGGUUCGAAUCGAGAGUCGCUUCCCACUUGUUUCUCCAGCCACACCGGCAUUCGUAGAUUCGGAGAGCAAUGCGCAGACUCGAUUGUGUCGCUCCAGUGAUGGCCCGGCAUAUGACGCGUGUAUUAACAUGAGAAACCGAAACACACGAAAACGUGCUUGCGAAGGUCGCCGUUGCACGCGAAUGGCAUCCAGUUACUAGGCAGGUGCCAAGCCAACAAGAGUCCCAUCAGUCGAGUAUGGAUGAAUCUGCAAAUGGGGGCAGAAAGUAGAGAGGAACACGAAAAGCAGGUCCGUGAAUAUCAGCGUGUCACGCAACUGCAGACGUGUACCAGCAGCCACUUCUUCAAGAAACCGGAAAACUGGGAAGUGAUGAAGCAAGAGCUCUACCCGAGGUGAAGUGGCCACCGGUUGGGGGGGAAGGUGUAACCGGACAAAACAAAGCUGUAGCUUAAACAAAAGAAAGUCUCUGACCUAAUCAUUUAACGG